GGCUGCAGCGGGCUGCAUCGCGCGGGGUUUUGCGGAGUUGGGUUUGGGCUGAGUUUGCAUCCUGAGAGCAUGGCUGGGCCGUGCGUGCACCUGCGGGAGCUGCGGGGCCCCCUGCACCCCGACAAGGACGACACCGAGGAGGAGUGCGUGCAGGAGGAGGACGGGGACCGGGACUCGGAGUUCGUGGACGCCGAGGAGCUCUGCAGCGGCGGCAUCCAGGCGGGCAGCCUGCCGGGGCGCGCCCGAGUUUCUAUUCCCGACGAACUCACUAAAGAGCAGUGCCCCGUGAGAGGACGGUUCCCCCUCCUGGGCCCUUGGUGGCGCGUGAAGGUUAGGGUUGUGAAGCCUGUGCGGUCCAAGAUCUACCAAGCUCAAGGGUUUCCAUCCUACUUUUUACAGUCCGACAUGUCGCCACCCCAUCAAAAAAAUAUCUGUUCGCUUUUCCUUAAAGAGUGUGGGUACGAGCGCAGAGAUGAGUUUUUAAAAUGGGUAGAGAGAGUGUCAAGCUAUGAAAAGCUAAACUUUGAAAAUCUGCCGGACACAUUAAGACGUUUCGACCGAGAGCCUGGGGAGAAAAAUAAAGGAACACCUACUGAGAACGAGCAGGAUGUGAGGAGAUUGCCUGUGGAGGAAUCAUUCCCAUUUGUGUGUGUGAUGACAGCUUUGAAGUUCCCCAAAGUCAUGGAAUUCCUUCCAACUCUUUUUCCUCGGCACUUUCGAAGGCUCAUCGGCUCAAGUUCUGAAGAGGUGUUGCAACGGAUAGAAGAAGCCUUGGGGACACAUCCGUGGAAGCUGGGGUUCCGUAGGGUAACCUACCGACAGAUGAAGCUCCUGAGCUGUGAGGCCAGCUGGACAGCCUUCAGUCAGUGCCCCUCCCUCCUCCAGCUGAUGACUCCCCUGCAGAAGAACGCGUUGGUCGUCUAUGCUAAGCUGAGGCAGACGUGUCGAGAAGACGGGCACACGUGUGUCGAAGUAGAAGCCUUAACUUCGGCGGUGGCACAGAACAUGUCUUUCCAGGAAGCAUGCGAAUCUCUGGAGUUUAUGAAGGACCUUGACGUGGUAACCUACGAGAAGGACUGCGUCUUCCUCUCUGAACUGUACCAGGCCGAGCAAGGCAUUGCCUCCUCCAUAUGUGACCUGAUCAACAGACCCCCCUGGCAUUUGCAAGUGGACGUGAAGAAAGUUCUGGCGUCCAUUAGCAGCGGGAAGCCCGAAGAUUCACGAAGGGCCGAGGCAGCGGAAGGAAGUGAGCCGGAUGGAAUGGGGUUAGCACAGGGCGAGAGUGUUGCAGACCCACAGGACGGCGGGGACCACGUUCGGAUUGAUGGGGAUCACGAAAUGAGUGCAGACAUCUGUGAUGUCCCACUGGAUCAAGAUCAGGUGGUCGCGCUGGAAAUGAUUUGCGCCAAGGCUGUGACCGUCCUCAGCGGGAAGGGUGGCUGUGGGAAGACUACCAUCGUUAGCCAUCUUUUUAAGCAUGUGGAGCAGCUGGAAGAGAAAGAAGUACAGCAGGCUUGCAAAGAUUUUGAGCUAGACGGGGAUGCCUCCGAAGAAUGGCUUGCCUUUCCUAAGCAGAGCCCGGCAGCGGUGGACAAGGCUAUAGACGUUUUGCUCACAGCGCCUACCGGGAAAGCGGCUAGUCUACUGAGGCAGAAGACUGAUCUUCCGGCUUACACGCUGUAUCAGGUCAGUUAUAGCUUCUAUUUUUGGAAGAAACAUGUAGUAGACAAGCCCUGGAAAUUCUCUACAGUUCGAGUUCUGGUCGUGGACGAAGGGAGUUUGGUAUCUGUCGGAAUCUUCAAUUCGGUUUUAAAGUUGCUGUGUGACCAUGCCAAGCUUUCGAAGCUUAUAAUCCUUGGUGAUAUUAGACAGUUACCCAGUAUUGAACCUGGCAACAUGCUGCAGGAUGUUUUUGAGACUCUUAAGGCAAGAGGGUGUGCCAUUGAACUGAAGACAAACCACAGGUCAGAGUCCCAGCUGAUUGUGGACAAUGCCACAAGAAUCUCUAGGCGCCAGUUUCCAGAAUUUGAUGCAGAACUAAAUAUCUCUGCUAGUCCCACGCUACCCAUCUCCAUUCAAGAUAAGACAUUUAUUUUUGUCAGACUUCCUGAAGAGAAUGGCAGUUCUCAGUCACCUAAAGAUGAACACCGAGCUAAUUUAUAUUCUGCAGUUAAAACGUUGCUUCAAGGAAAGGACUUUCAAAGUGCAAAAACCUCACAAUUUAUUGCAUUUAGAAGGCAAGACUGUGACCUCAUCAAUGACUGCUGCUCUAAGCACUACGUAGGCCAUCUCAUCAAAGACCAUGACAAGAAACUCAUCUUUGCAGUUAAUGAUAAGAUCUGUUGUACCCGGAAUGCAUACCUCGCGGAUUUACUCCCUAAUGAUGACCGGGAAGCCAACGGGAAAGGCUUUGAUAUUGUCUCUGAUGCUGCCCCUUCUGAUUUCAAAACCAAGCAGGAUUUUGAAAGUAGCAUUCGACUGUGCAAUGGGGAAAUAUUUUUCAUAACAGGGGAUGUGACUGAUGUCACUUUCAAAAGAAAAAGACUUCUGACCAUCAAUAACGAGGCUGGCUUGGAAGUGACCGUGGACUUCAGCAAACUAAUGACGCACUGUCAGAUAAAACAUGCCUGGGCGAGGACCAUUCAUACUUUCCAGGGGUCCGAGGAGAACACAGUGGCCUAUGUGGUGGGGAAGGCGGGCCGCCAGCACUGGCAGCACGUCUACACUGCAGUGACCCGGGGUCGCUCCAGAGUGUACGUCAUCGCGCAAGAGUCCGAGCUCAGGAGCGCCAUCAGGAAGCGCAGCUUCCCCAGGAAGACGCGCCUGAAGCACUUCCUGCAGAAGCAGCUCUCCAGUGCCCGUGCGUCCCCAGCAGACUUUCCCUCCCAGCCCUCAAGCCCUGGACUUGGAGGAACGCCCAGCACACAGCCUCCAGCAUCACCGCUCUAUAGGACCCCAGACAGCAGAGCUGCCGCGGACAGCUCCGGGGGUGAGGCGUCUCCAGCCCCCAAGGAGAGGUUCACCUUUGAUGACGGAUGGCUGUCGGCUUCUUCGAAUGAUAUGGAUACUGAUGAGGAGUCAGCGAAGCCUAGAGGGUCCAAAAGAAUGGGCGCUGGCUUCCCGUGGGAUGACGAAAGCCCCAGUAAAUUCCGAAUGGUUGAACAACCAUCUCCACAAGUAUCUUCUAUAUUUCAGAAUUUGAGGUUGAAUAAACUAGCUCCUAGACAACUUUUCGAACCCACUGACAAUCAACAAAGGAUUAACUUGGGUGUGGCGGGUCACACCAGUAAUCCCAGCAGUCAGGAAGCUGACAAAGGAGACUCUUGAGUCCCAGGCCAGCCUGGGUAACAUCACGUGACCGACCGAGACCGAUGGUGUUUGGGCCACAUCUCGAGACCAAGGGGGUUCAGGCAACGUCACCAAUGAAUACCGCUAAAUAGAAAGAAUUUUACUUCAUAUCGUUCAAAAUAAUUAUUUUUCCUUUCCAGACAAAGUGAAUAUUUUAGCUUCAAUGUUAUAAGCUAUGAGAUGAUGACUAAACUGGGAUUUUAAUUUUGGGCAUUUGCCCCCAAAAUAAAUUUUUUUAUUUUUAUUUUUAAAGCUAAAUUUAAAAGAAGGUAUUUUAAAUUCACCUGAUCAAAGCAAACCAUGAUGCUCUCAUCCCCUGUCGUCAUGAGAACAGUUGACACUGGACGGAGAUCAUGGGCAAAGACUCUCCCGUUUUAGGGAUGUUGUACGUUUUGUGGUAAUGCCGUGGGAUGACGGUGGAUCACGUUGGCCGGCACACCAAAGCUGUAGCAAACGAGGACUGAUUGUACCUGCUGGUAUCCACACAUUCAAGGGUGCUGUGUUUACCUCAGAUGGGUCGUUUACAAGGCCCUCACUCACUCCAUCCCUGCUCCUGGGACUUGGCAUACUUGGGACUUUCCUUGAUUAUGCCUUUUCUAGUUGGGAGUAAGUUUUAAAAUAUAUCCCAUCGUAGGGAACCUUUCUCUUAAAGCAGAUUGGUUUUUUAAAAAUAUUUAUUGCCAAGUGGUACUGUGGAUUGAAUGUGUCUCCCCAAACACAUCUGUGGUAGUAGAUGCCUAAUGGAAGUCACUUUUUGCUGUGUUGACCUCUCUUGUUUAUUUUAUUUUAUUUUGCCACGGGAUGACAGGUCCUCACCAGAUGUGUACACCCGGCUCCGGGCUCACCUUGUCUUGCUUUUUGCUAUAUUGCAGUUCUCGGAGCAUAUGUUAUUCAUAUAUUGUUCUUCUUCAACAGUUCAGGCUAUAGAAACUUCAGUCAACAAAGUCUUGUAGUUCAUGUGUGUACCUCACUUUACUUUUACACACACUGCAGUUUUCCUGUGAGCUUGCCACCAGUAUAGUACAGAGACAUUUUUCUUUCUUUUCCUCUUUUGGUAGGGGGGCUGGGGCUUCAUCUCAGGACUCAUGCCUUCGAAGCAAGAAUUACAUCUCUCGCCCUAAACAUAACUCGUAAAGGUACUGGGAGACAAACAAUAAUAAUCAUGUAACUCUUCUGAUGGUCAUGUUCAUUUAUUGCUAUGCUGAGGGUCUAAUCUUCAGUGUCUCCAAGAGACGCCUUUGUGAACAAUAAAGUCACUAUUCUAUUUACUAA